GUGUUUUUUAACAGCAAUGAUAAAUCAUAAUUGUUGUAAUAAGUACCAUCACGGUGAUGAAUGUCAGUAAUGAUAAUGGUCCUAUGAUGGGAGCAAUAGCUCUCCGUUCCCUCCUUCCACGUCUCCUGUCAACUAUCUAAGACUGUUGUCUCUACUGUAUUGUUCUGUGUAUUUUUUAAUAUGUUUUAAUCCUUCUUUAUUGAAUUAAAUCAUAACAUUAUUUUUGUCAUAUCAUUUCCUUUGUUAUCUUUACCGUUAAUGUGGAUUUUAUAAGUUGCAGACUUGUCUUUCACAGUUUUCAAUUUCUCUCUGAUCCUUUCAAUAGUUUUUACUUGAUUUUUACUUAAUUCUUUUAUCUCUUGCUCAUUUUAAAGCCUGUCAUCCACAUAAAUGAAUGAGUUUUUAGCACUGUCUGUUCUCUUUUCUCUGCUCUCCCAAUAUGGUCUCUUCUUUUAAAUUACUAAUAAAUCUUUAUUUUACUUCAGAAGUUUUGAAGCCCUGUCAAGUCAUUUUUCCUUCUGAUGUCUUAUAAUCUCUUAUUUUCAUUCUUGUGAUAUGCUUUGAAGUUCUGUUAAUUAAAGUUUUUAAUAGUUUGUAGUCUUAUCACUAAAAUUAUUGUAUAAUAUUUAAAUGAUGUUCUGCUCCAAGGCAAAGGAAUCUGAAUAUAAUAUUCAGUCUCUUUUCCAUGCCAGUCUCUCUUACACUUUAGUCUUUUUAAUAAUUACUGCUUUGGUUAUUUUUUCUAAGUCUUUUUCAUUGAGUUGGGUUCUCCUUAAACCACAUGAAUUCAUAGUGAUAGUUUGGAGAAAGAUAUCAGCUCCCGCGGGGCUACGUUUAUUUAUAGUUCUCACCUACUGGUGACCUUUGAUGCCUUCUGUUUGGAAGUGUGGGGAAAGCACAGUGAUAGCUAGAUAUGUUCCUUCCCAUUCACAGGGCUGUUCUGUUUUUUGUGCAGAGGGGUUCCCUGGAUAUCUUUUAUGUCCUUAGAAGAAAAACUCUAAAGGUAAAAAAAUUAUUUUACAUUUCAAUUUAAAUCUACCUUGAGGUCAAAACCUAACCUGACCCCAUGGACAAUGCCUGAGUAGUCUUACUAGAUCUUUCUUCUCUUUUUGACUCAGUACGUAAACUGUGUUGACAGAGUAGCUCCUGGACAUUGUGAACUAUCCUCGGUAUUGACAGCCUUUUCCCAGUUAUCAGACCCUUGCAUUAAUCUGGGGCUUUUCUUACAGAUCUGAUUGAUGGUACUAUCCUCCUUGUUGGGUGACUCACAGAGGAAAAUAAGAGGAAACAGUGCCCAGAAUUCUAUUUCUCACCCCCACCUCCAGACAUUUAAAUCACCCUCCAGAUCCUUAGUCCCCUCAAUUCGCCCCAGAAGAUUCUUGUUCCUCUUCAGAGUGUGUGCCUACAACAGGCAGCGAGCGAGCCUGAGAACCACCCUGGCACUGCUUGUCUCUGGGAUGCGGACAGCAUUCUCCCUCCUGUGUAUCACAGAGAAGAUUCAGGUUUCCAGGGUCUGUCAGCUUUGGAAGAUGCUGGUUGAACAUUCUGCUCCAUGGAGACAUGUACCUGACAUCUUACAGACUUUGCCUGCUUAAUGCUGGGACUGUCUGUGAGUGAAAACCCAGAGAAAGACUGCUGGCAACUGAGUUAUUGACAAUGCAGCCACUGGAAUCAGUGACGUUUGAAGAUGUAGCUGUAGACUUCACCCAGGAAGAAUGGGCCCUGCUGGACACAUCCCAGAGAAAACUGUUCAGAGACGUGAUGCUGGAAAAUAUCAGUCAUCUGGUCUUCGUGGGGUAUCAGCAUUGCAAAUUGGAUGUGACUUUCCAGCUGGAGCAAGGUGAAGAGCUGUGGAUUGAAGGAAGAGGAUUUUUCCAAAGCCACAGUCCAGGCAGGGAAAGUGCCUUUAAAGAAGAAUUGUUAGCCACACAGCAUAUCAGCAAGAAGGACACAUCUACAAUCAUCCCAAUGCAGACAUUUCACACUCCAGAGGAUCCCUGUGAAUAUAAUGAUUUGGGAGAAGAUUUCAGUCCUAGCUCCACACUGACACAACAUUUGUUAACUCACACAGAAAAGACACCCAAUAUCAGCAAACAGUAUCAAAAAUCCCAUAGUGACCAGUCAUACCUUAAUCCACAUAAGCAGAUCCACACCAGAGGUAAAUCAUGCGAAUGCCAUCUGUGUGGCAAAGCCUUCAGCAAUUGCUCUAGCCUUAGAAGACAUGAGAUGACCCAUACUGGCGAGAAACCUUAUGAAUGCCAUAUCUGUGGGAAUGCCUUUAUUCAAAGCUCUGACCUUAGAAAACACAAUCUGACUCACACUGGAGAGAAGCCGUAUGAAUGUCAUCUCUGUGGAAAAGCCUUUAGUCAAUCCUCCAACCUCAGACAGCAUGAGAGGACGCACACUGGAGAGCAACCGUAUGAAUGUCAACUCUGUGGGAAAACUUUCAGUAAAUGUUCUGCUCUUAGACGUCACGAGAGAACUCACACUGGAGAGAAGCCGUAUGAAUGUCAUCUCUGUGGAAAAGCCUUCAGUCAGUGUUCUGCCCUUAGGCGACAUGAGGGAACCCACAAUGGAGAGAAAAUUAUGAAUGUCUUCACUCCUUCCACACAGCUCAGCUCCACUCAGUCCAGCUUCCCACCAUCAGCUGUCUUCAUCCACACCCUGGUGGCAGUGUUCAGCCCACUGGCUGGUUUCUCAGGCGCCUGACCCUGGCCCACCAUGUGAGCAGUGUCAUGGACACCUAGUGUGAACCGCCGGGUAGUCCCCAGCCUGGCUCUGCCCUGGGGCAGCUACAUGGGGCCAGAGAGACGCAGCUCUGCUGUUCCAGGCCAAGAAGAUUAGUAAGAUUUUUCUGUGAAGCCUCUGAGUUGAACUAAUUGGGGGCAGAGUUCAUUGUACGACCCCAUCCCCCAUUUUAUUCAGCCCCCAGGCAGUGAGAGCCCUCAGGAUUCGAUGGCAUGUCCACUACAGUCAUGUCUGGAAUUCAAAAGAAAAACCAAUAAGAUUUUGGAUAACCUAUACUAGAACAUCUAGUAUUAAAGUAGAAGUUUUAGGUUUACAACAAAAUUGAGAAUGUACAGAGACUGCUCCUUUCCCCAAACCACACAGUCUCCUACAUUAUCAACACCACUACUAGAUGGUACAUUUUUUAAUAAAGAUGAACCUAUACUGAUGCAUCAUAAUCAUCCAUGGUCUACAGUUUGCAUUACAGUUUGCUCUUGGUGUUGUACAUUCUGUGAAUUUGGACAAAUGUAUAAUGACAUGUAUCCAUCAUUAUAAUGUCAUACAGAGUAUUUCACUGCUCUAAAAGUCCUCUUUGUGAUGAACUUUUUAAAAAGUGUACAUUUACAAAAGAAUGAGUUAUCUGAAAUUAUAUUUUAAUGGCUUUUAAUUUUCCAUGUAAUAAAAUUAUUGUCACCAUUUAUUUAUGAAGAAUUCCUAGUAUUGGUUAAUGUCCUCAUCUGAAAUGUCAAGUAAUUCACACUUGGCAUACUUUACAUAUAUCAUUUCCUGGUAACGAACACUUUAUCUGAAUGUUUUAUUACUAUUAACUAGCCUAUCUUAAUCUACAACUUAAUCUAUGUGUGCUAAAAAAACAUACUUGUUAGGUUAAUACCAUUGACCUUAAAUUCCAUAAUAAUUGGUUAUAUUUUGAUAUAAAUUUUUCAUUUUAUGUAAUAUUUUGAUUUCAGUUCUUUUGGAGGCAUGUCCUCUGUACAUCAACAGUUAUGUGGGUAUAUGAAUGAGCCUAGAAUGAAAUGUUGCUAGAUGACAGACCCUAAGAUAGAAUUAAAAAUAGACAUUAUUUCAUUCUUUAUACGCCUGGAACAUAAAAAUCCACAUAUUAUCACAUGAAUUAGCAGAGUACAUUAUGCAUAAAACACAUUUAUUUUUCCAUUAUUACUGGUUCUCUACGAAAUAAGCUGUAAUAGAUUUCCAAAAUCAGCUUUUGGGAAUUCCCUGAUGGUCCAGUGGUUAGGACUCAGUGCUUUCACUACCCUGGCCUAUGUUCAGUCCCUAAUCGGGGAACUUAAGAUCCCUCAAACCACGUGGCACAAAAAAGUAAACUUUUAAUGUAUCUUCUAAAUAUGAUAAUCCAGACUUAAUAAUGACAAUAACAAACAGCACAUAUUCCUAUUUUAUGUUACAGGGAUCAUACAAGAGCAUUCAGUAAUUAUUCAUAACUUUCCUUGUUAUUCUUCUUCUCAACCAAAUUUAAAAAACUGGGGAAGUUUGGG